AUGGGUAUCAGAAGAGAAUUGGAUCUACCAGAAGAAAGAACGACUGACAAGGAAGAUGAAUUUUCAGAUGCUAGUAAAACCAUAUUCAAAAAAGUGAGGAGGCUAAUUCUGUUUAAAUAUUCAAUUGCAGAUAUAAAUGAAUGUGCCAUUGACAAUGGUGGCUGCCAGGACCAAUGCUCUAAUACAAUUGGCAGUUACUACUGCAAGUGUCAAGCUGGCUGGAAGCUGGAGGAAGAUGGCAGAGGAUGUGAAGAUAUCGAUGAAUGCGCGGUGGUGAAUGGGGGCUGCCAGCAGCGCUGUAUUAACACUCUGGGCACCUUCCACUGCGAAUGUGAUACAGGAUACAGACUUCAUGCUGAUGAACGCACCUGCAUAAAGAUGGACCCCUGCGCAGGUGGGAACGGAUGUGCCCACAUCUGUCAGAGUGAGAACGGCGUGGCCAGGUGUGCCUGUCGCCUGGGCUACCGGCUGUCUGAAGACAAAAAGGCCUGCGGAGACAUAAACGAGUGUGCAGGACGGCUGGCUCACUGCAGCCAUCGCUGUGUGAACACAGUGGGGUCUUUCACCUGCGCCUGCCACCCUGGCUUCGAGCUGGGAGCUGAUGGAACACAGUGUUACAGGAUUGAAUUGGAAAUUGUCAAUAGCUGUGAAAAGAACAAUGGUGGUUGUUCUCAUCACUGUGAACAUGCACUUGGUGGGCCCCAUUGUUCCUGUAACCAUGGAUACCGGCUUGAUUCAGAUGAGAAAACAUGCAUAGACCUUGAUGAAUGUGAGAGCGGAGAAGCCUGCUGUGCGCGGCUCUGCAUCAACUAUCUAGGGGGCUACGAAUGCAGCUGUCACGAAGGCUUUCGGAUCAGCCCUGAUGGUUGUGGAUGUGACGCUUUAGAUGAUGAUGAGUUAGAGGAAGAAGAAGAGGAAUUAGAAGUUGUGAGGUUCGCAGGCCUUCUGUUCAAGAGCCCACCUCAACUGCUUCAUUACAUUAGUACCUCUCUGCUUCCCACCUACCAAGAUGAACAAGACGAGGAAGAAGAGAGAACAGAUAUUCGAGAACUGGCUGCUUUGCCCCAAGUUGUCUGUUUAGGCCACACCUUCGGUCCCAACUGCAGCUUGAGCUGUGAGGACUGCAUGAACGGAGGCAGAUGCCAGGAAGGGGAGCGUGGGUGCUCCUGCCCAGCAGGCUGGCGUGGCGUUCUUUGCAAUGAAACUUGUUCUCCAGAGACUGGUGGACAGGAGUGUCAAAGCAUCUGUGAUUGUCAGAACGGAGGCACCUGUGAUCCUUUGACCGGGAGGUGCCAGUGCCCCCCUGGGGUGCAUGGGAAAACCUGUGAACAUGGAUGCCCAAAAGGACUCUUUGGGAAGAGCUGCAAAAGGAAAUGUAACUGUGCCAACAAUGGCCAUUGCCACAGGGUGUAUGGUGCCUGUGUGUGUGAGCCAGGGCGCUUCGGGAGGUUCUGUCAUCUGAACUGUCCCAAGGGGGCCUAUGGAGCUGGCUGCUCCUCAGAAUGUCAGUGUGUGGAGGACAACACCCUGGAAUGCAGCGCCAAAAAUGGCAGUUGCACCUGCAAAUCUGGUUACCAAGGCAACAGAUGCCAGAAAGCAGCUGCUGAAUAUACUAUAUUGGAAAAUGCUUCUGAGAUUCCCACUGAGAAGGAAAAUGAGUCGAAACCUGCCCCAAAGGCCUCUGGGGAACAGAGUGCCAAUUUUCCUGUGGGCCCUGUGAGAAAGGAGGUCAGUGCAACAAAGAAACUGGAAGCUGCGACUGCCCUCCUGGUUACACAGGAAAAGCCUGUACCAUGUUUUGUGCCUUUUUCCACUCUGGAAGGAGUGGUGGCCGAGGUGGAGGCUGUGGCUCCAUCAACACUGUGA